AUGAUCUGUCAGGACCUAAUUAGGAACUAUGGAAGGAAGGGAGCUAAGGCCAAUUGUUUGAUUAAACUUGAUCUACAAAAGGCCUAUGACACAUUGGAUUGGAAUUUCCUUGAGGAAAUGAUGGAUGCUUUGCAAUUUCCUAGGAAAUUUACUGAAUUAGUUAUGAUUUGUGUUAGAACGCCUAAGUUCUCUCUAAUGUUCAAUGGAUCCAUGCAUGGUUUUUUUGAAACUAAGAGAGGGCUUAGACAGGGAGAUCCAAUGUCUUUACUGUUAUUUGUAUCAGGCAUGGAAUACUUUAGUAGAUUAAUGAGGAAGGUUGGGAAGAAAAAAGAGUUUGGUUUCCAUGAAAGGUGUGCUGAUAUGGAAUUGAAUCAUUUAAGUUUUGCGGAUGAUGUCCUAAUUUUUUGUAGAGGGGACUUCAAAAGGAUCUACUUAAUGAUGCAAGCUCUCAAAUUAUUCUCUAUCACUUCGGGUUUGGUGCCUAAUAAUGCUAAAUCAGCAGUAUAUUGUAGUGGAAUGAGUGAGAAUGAGGUUAGAAGGGUGCUUGACAUGUCCGGUUUUACAAAGCAACAUGAGCCUUUUAAAUACCUUGUAGUGCCCAUUUGUGCUAAGAAGAUCUCGGCUACUAAUUGUAGUAGUCUAGUCCAGAAAAUGGUAGCUAGAAUUAGGAUUUGGAGCUCGAGGCACUUGUCUUUUGCGAGGAGAUUGGAGCUUCUUAUGGACAGGGAAAAGUUUGAUGAAUGGAGCAGGGGCUGUAGCUUGGGAAAAGGUGUGUUGCUCAAAGAAAGUGGGGGGUCUAUGACUGAUCAUCAAUCUUGGUGGGAGUACAAAGCUCCUUUGAAUGGAAGUUGGUAUUGGAGGAAAAUGGUUGAGCUUAAAGACAAAAUCAAAAACUAUGUACAACAUAGUGAGUUCUCAGCACAUGAUUACAAAAUUGUGGAGGGCCAAGCUUGGUUUGCUCAAGAGUUCGAAAAGGUGCCAUGGAGCAAUGAAGUGUGGUCUAGAUUGAAUCCACCGAAGCAUAGUUUUGUACUAUGGCUAGCUAUGAUGAAUAGGCUCAAAACCAAGGAUCGAUUACUCAAGCAUGGAUCGAUUGACAUAGACACUUGCCUCCUCUGCAACUCGGCUGCUGAAACAGCAGAGCACCUAUUUUUUGGCUGUGUUUUUGCUGCAGAAUGUAUUGAACAGAUCAAGGCCUGGUUUGGUUGGAAUACAAGAGAGAGUUCACUUCAAAGCAUCAUGAGGAGGGUGAGAAAAGCAAGUUGCUCCAGGUUCAAAAAGAGAGUACUGGCUGCUGGUUUAGCAGCCCUUGUAUACUUGCCCUAG